CUCUAAUUCUUCAAAUCACAAAUUUUCUCAAGAAAGAGAGAAACAGACAAGGAGAGAGAGGAAGUCGUUGAGUUGUUUGAUUUUGCUGCUAAGGAAAGCAUCAACUUUCAAAACUCCCAAUUAACUCAUUCAUUCAUACAACAAAAUCAAACAAAAUUGACAAAGAUGAUGAAAUCAAACCCUUGUUAACCCAAUUAAAGAAGAACAACUCAGAAAUGGUUAAACCUGGUGUUUUUCAUGCGUUGAGCUUCCGCUUUCGCUUCUCCUCAUCGUUUUCCUUCCCAUCAUCAUCAUCAUCAUCAUCAUCUUUUUCAUCAUCAUCUUCUUCCUCGACAACAACAACAACAACAACAACAACAACUCAUCAUCAUCCAAUAACAACAAAACCAACAAUAACAAGAGUAGUAGUAGUGUCGCAUUCAUUGGUGCCCCUUCAAUGACCAUGAUCAUCACUUUCCUUGAAUCCCUAACUUGGAUCUCUACUGCAGAUCCUUCUUUCGUUUCUACACUUUCUCUCUCCUCUUUUUUUCUUAUUAAUGGAUGCUUCUUCCUCUCGCCCUGCUGUUGUCAUCGACAAUGGCACCGGGUAUACUAAAAUGGGUUUUUCUGGGAAUGUGGAGCCUUGCUUUAUAGUCCCAACAGCGGUCGCAGUGAACGAUUCUUUCGUAAACCAACCAAGAACUUCGACUAAGAGUAGUAAUUGGUUGACUCAACAUAAUGCUGGUGUUAUGGCUGAUUUAGAUUUUUUCAUUGGAGAUGAAGCAUUAGCAAGAUCUAGGUCUAGUAGUACAUAUAGUUUGAACUAUCCCAUCACGAAUGGGCAAGUUGAGAAUUGGGAUGCUAUGGAAAGAUUUUGGCAACAAUGUAUUUUUAAUUAUUUACGUUGUGAUCCAGAGGAUCAUCACUUUUUGUUAACUGAAAGUCCUCUCACACCCCCUGAGAGUCGAGAAUAUACAGGUGAAAUUAUGUUUGAGACUUUCAAUGUACCUGGGCUUUACAUCGCAGUGCAGCCUGUGCUAGCUUUAGCUGCAGGUUACAAUACAUCAAAGUGCGAGAUGACAGGGGUUGUAGUAGAUAUUGGAGAUGGGGGUACGCAUGUUGUACCUGUUGCAGAGGGUUAUGUUAUCGGGAGCAGUAUCAAGUCAAUUCCCAUUUCUGGAACAGAUGUUUCCCUGUUCGUCCAACAGCUCAUGCGGGAACGAGGAGAGAAUGUGCCACCUGAAGAUUCCUUUGAAGUUGCUCGACAAGUGAAGGAGAUGUAUUGCUACACUUCUUCAGAUAUUGUCAAGGAGUUCAACAAACAUGACAAAGAGCCCUCUAAGUAUGUCAAGCAAUGGAAAGGAAUAAAACCAAAGACUGGGGCUCCGUACACCUGUGACAUUGGCUACGAACGCUUCCUUGGUCCUGAGGUUUUCUUUAAUCCAGAGAUCUACAACACCGAUUUUACCACUCCUUUACCGGCUGUUAUUGACAAGUGCAUCCAAUCUGCACCAAUAGACACCAGACGAGCACUUUACAAGAAUAUUGUGUUGUCUGGUGGCUCAACUAUGUUCAAAGAUUUCCAUCGAAGGUUGCAAAGGGAUCUGAAGAAGAUUGUUGACGCCCGAGCCCUUGCAUCUGAGGUCCGGCUUGGUGGAUCAAUGAAGUCACAACCAGUGGAAGUCAAUGUAGUAAGCCAUCCCAUCCAGAGAUAUGCAGUAUGGUUCGGGGGAUCUGUACUUGCUUCAACUCCCGAGUUUUAUGGAGCCUGCCACACCAAAGCGGAGUAUGAAGAAUAUGGAGCAAGUAUAUGUCGUACAAAUCCAGUUUUCAAGGGCAUGUACUGAUGUGAUCGGCUGGACGAUUUACUUCUUGCACUGUAUCUAUUGGCAAUUUUGGCUUUGUGUUGCUCAGAAUCCAUCUGUGCGUUUAUGCAUUUUCAAGCAACUUAUAAAGUGGAAGUGGUGUAAAAUAGAAAUUUACUUUGUAAGAAAGCUUCAAUUUUUCUUCUGUAGUAAUUCUUUUGUUAGGAAGCUUUAGAUUGCAGCUCUACGCUUGCCAUUGGAUGCUUUCGUUAGAAUUCUUGUUACACUUGCAACAAUCAUAUGAUAGUCAAUUGGUUAUACAUUUAGGUUAGAAUAAGUUGCUCCUCAAGAUUUUAUAGUGAUCAUAGUGUUGUUCUUUCCGUUCCUUAAUUGUUUGUUUGUUUGUACGACUUUCAUUGAAUUUCUUUCAGUGUGUAGUCGAAGACAAUUUAAUUCUUUUUUGUAA